GCGAGGGUCGGGCGGUGCUCCGUCCGGCCUCCCUCUGCGCUCCUCACCUUCAUCGCUUCUUCUUCUUCUUCUUCUUCUUCAUGUUUGGGGGAACUUAGCCGCGUUAGCUAGCCAGGCUAACGGGGCGCUAGCAGGCGAGCUAACGCGACGAUCCACUCGUUCUCCGACGUUCGGCGGCCGGGGACUCGCGAGCGUCACUCGGGACGUUUUUUGAGACCGGUUCGCCUUCGAGCGCCCGUCGGAACCGACGACUCACACGUCGCGGCGUGCGGCCCGGGCCGGUCCGGAAGGGGUGAUGGAGCCUCCGGCGGGCCGAGGGCGACGAACAAGACGUUAAUAAAACAUUUAUUGAAGCGCAUAUCUCGAGUGCUUGGAGAACAAAGUGAAAUGUUGUUUAACCGCGGCGGCUUUUCGUCUACUUCAUUCCCAGAAUUGACGUCCCGGCCCGGCUACAGUUACUUGCUCCAGUUUGCCUGAGUCUUGGGGGGGGGGGGGCUUGAUAGCAAGAUGUGUAAAUUAUGUUCAUAUGCGCUCACGUGGGUGCACUUGAUGACCUUUCAGGUUCACUUUCAAGUUUUUCGUGAUGUCGCGUCAACUUGAUGUUGUUGCUGGCUGAGGUCGAGGUCGAGGCCGCCGCUUCGGCCGAUCUCCUCGCUGACAACAAAGCCGUGACGAUGAUGAAGUUAGAAGGAAAUUUCAGGGCUGCUGGGCAAAAUUGACAGCUUGUUCUCGGACUUCCGUACACAAAUGAUGCCUUUGCAAAGGUAAUAAAUGAGCAAAACGUUUAUGAAUUUGCUUGCACAACAGGUGGCACCGUGACUGACUGCUUCGGUCAUCCGCUUCCCACUUGGCACAAACUUGCCACUUCGCUCUGUGCCCGUGUGGCUUUUUUUCUGGGUACUUGGCUUUCCCCCCGCACCCCAAAAACACAGUUGCACACUGCUCGGUUCAUUGACGACUUGAAGAAAUUGGCCGCUGACGUGAACGUGAGCGCGGGUAGUUGUUUGUGUCUACGUGGCCGGCGACCAGCUCAGGGUGUGCCCCGCCUCUCGCCCGAAGGUAGCCGGCGUCGGCUCCGGCACGCCCACGCCCCUCGUCUUGAUAAGCGGUACGGAAAAUAGACGGCUGCCUCACCUAACCUGCGCUAUAUUGUUCGUAAUAAUAAUACUAAUAAGCACUUUGUGAAAUUGCCAUGGGUGAUGAUAUUGAAAAAUAUAUCUACAAACUAAAGUGGCCCACAGUAGACAUGUUUUUAUGUUUGAUCUGAACGUUCAAUCUCAUCAAUCCAAACAUUCAUUUUGGCUGGUGGAUAAACCGAUGAAGACUUAUUGAUCAGUGACCGAUCGGCUGAGCGAGCUUCAGUUCACGCCGGGCAGGGCAGAGGGGUGGAGUCCCGUCCCACAGCUGGGUGCAGCACGUUCAUGCUUCAGGUGGAUGCUUUUCCCACUGGAGACGGCGUUCAGGCUGAUCCAUCAGCUGAAAGACUGACUGCAUCAAUGAUGGAAUUACAGACACUGCAGGAGGCUCUGAAGGUGGAGAUCCAGAUCCAUCAGAAACUGGUGGCCCAGAUGAAGCAGGACCCUCAGAAUGCAGAUCUGAAGAAGCAACUUCAUGAACUUCAGGCAAAGAUCACUGCGCUGAGUGAGAAGCAGAAAAAGGUGGUGGAGCAGCUGAGGAAGGAGCUGCUCGUCAAGCAAGAACCAGAAGCCAAAGUUCAGCUGCAGGUCCAAACGCCAAGCGACGUGAAGCCAGCCGGCCUGCUGCAGACCCAGCAGAUUCCUGCAGGACUGCAGCAGACGCUGACGGUGACGCCGGUCCUCACCGCCAAGACGCUACCUCUGGUGCUGAAAGCCGCGGCGACGCCCGCUUUGCCCGGCUCCAUCCUGCCGCAACGCCCGGCCACCGUCACCAUGGUAACCACCGCCAUCUCCAAGCCCGACUUGCACAGCGCCCCCAUCAACCUGCAAGUGGCGGGCAAACUGAGUGCGCACAGCCUGGAACCGUUGCGGCUCGUGUCCAAAAACGCGAUGCUGCUGCAGGCCGCCAGCGCCCAGCCAAUCAAAGUUCCACAGUUUGUUCCUCCUCCUAGACUGACGACACCAGCCGCCUUUCACACGCAGCAGGUCAGGCCAAAGCCUGCCUUGCCCGCCAACGUCCCCAUCGCCCCCGCUCCUCCCCCGCCCAUGAUGGCGGCACCCCAGCUGCUUCAGAGGCCCGUCAUGCUGGCCACCAAGCUACCGCAGUCGCUGUCGCCCGCCGCCGCGCCAAUCCACCAGCUGCGGAUCGUGAACGGGCAGCCGUGCGUUAAGACCGGCUCCGCCCCUUUGACCGGCAUCGUCAUCACCACGCCCACCACGGCCGCCUGCCUCGCCAGCCCCGCCCGCGCGCCCGACCCCGCCUCGGUCCCCGCCCAGCCCCUGCAGACGGACGGCGCCGGCGCAGAGGCCAAGCAGACUGUUAAAACGGGUGGUGGAGCUGAGCACAAGGUGGCGCUCACGGUCCCGUCUUCGUCGACUCCGCCUCUGUCUCUGCCUCCCAGGCCCAAAAAAGAGGAGAGUCCGGAGAAACUGGCCUUCAUGGUGUCCUUGGGGCUCGUCACGCACGACCACUUGGAAGAGAUUCAGAGCAAAAGGCAGGAGAGGAAGAGGAGAACGACGGCAAACCCCGUCUACAGCGGUGCCGUGUUUGAGCCGGAGAGGAAAAAGAGCGCUGUGAGUUACCUGAACAGCCCUCUGCACCAAGGGACCCGAAAGAGAGCCAACGACGACUCCCUUUCUAAGGUAUGUCACGCAACUGUUGUUGUUCUUCCCCCUCUCCAUCUUUCUUUUUUUUUUUUGUUUGUUUUUUUUUUUUCUUUGUGUUCCGUCUUUGUGGUCUGUCUCAUUUCACCCAGGUCGCCCACCCAAAUACGGCGGCGUCCCGGAGCUGGGCUGCCUCACCCCGACCUCCCCCUCCAGCCCCGUCAACCCCCUCCCCCCGCCCAGCUCUGGGGAUCUGGUCCGCUGCCUCAGUGGGCGGGCGGGGCGACUGAUUGGUCCAAUUCUUGCUCGCAGGGAGACAUCCAUGAGGACUUCUGCACUGUGUGCAGACGCAGUGGCCAGUUGCUCAUGUGCGACACGUGUUCUCGUGUCUAUCACCUGGACUGCCUGGAACCGCCCCUGAAAAGCAUUCCAAAAGGCAUGUGGAUCUGUCCUAAAUGCCAAGACCAGAUUCUCAAGAAAGAAGAAGCCAUUCCCUGGCCCGGGACGCUGGCCAUCGUCCACUCUUACAUCGCCUACAAGGAAGCGAAAGAAGAAGAGAAGCAGAAGCUCAUCAAGUGGCGCGCAGAACUGAGGCUGGAGCGCGAGCAGCUGGAACAGCGAGUCAAGCAGCUCAGCAACUCCAUCACGAAAUGCAUGGAAACCAAGAACGGCAUCCUGGCCCGGCAGAAGGAGAUGCAGCUGUCCCUGGACAAGGUCAAACAUCUGGUCCGCCUCAUCCAGGCCUUCAACUUCAACCAGAUGACGGCUGAAGCCGACGGCAGGGACGUUCGAGUCCAAGACGCUCCGGCGCUCCCCAAAGCGGAGCCGGCGCCGCCCGCGUUUGACGCGGGCCGGAGCGAGACCACGGCGGGAGACGGAGACCGUCGAGUCGGCCUCGCGCGUCCCCCGGAUCGCGGGGAAGGGGUCAAGACGGAGACCGGGACUCUGGCGGAGAGUGCGCUAUCCGAGGCCGAGGGCGUCGCGUCGGCGACCUCCCCGCAGGCCCCGACGCUCGCCACCACCAACGGUACGACCGAGCCGCCCCCGUGCCCCUCGCCCGUCGCGGACGCCGCUCUCGACUCUGCCGCCGCCGCCGGCCCUCCGGAAACUCUGGCGCAGGACAAACGGGACAUCUGCGACAGCAACAGCAAAACCUCAGAACCCUCCCAGCAUUCUGUGCCAGUGCUCGGCGGCACCGAGUGACUGUCGCCCUUCGCGCCGAAUCUGAUUCAGAAAAACAAAAAAAAAGAAAAAAGUUGCCAAUCUGUGUAAGUGUCGUUCGUUUGCGUCGUAUCGUCAGCCUGUGUCGAUGGUAGAUAGCGGCCUGGUCGCGUGUGGCCAGUUAGCCAUAGACGUUGUCAUGGGAAUGCUCGAAAGGAGGCUGAAUCCAUCACACCAGAGUGUGCCUGUCCUGGCGGUCCGGGGGCCGGGGUUCCGCGAUCGAACCCCGCGUGAGGUCAGCUCGAGCCCGUCGAGAUGAAGUCGUGCCGGCCCGCCUCGCUUUUUCCUUUGAGGUCGUUCGUACCGGUGGGCGGGGGCCAACCGCCCGCUGGAGACCGUAGCGCCACUCGCUAAGGCGGGCGCCGAUGAGGCGGAGCCACGCUGGCGUCGUUCUUGUGACUUGUCACCGCUGUGUCCGUGUGAUGUGCUUUUGUGUUCUGAGGACAGCGUCUUCACGUCUUCCUGCCGUUGGGACGAAGUGCUUCGUGUUCCGGCCGCUCCGCCACCAUCUUCAACUGCCAAAACGCAUCAAAUGCGCCAGGGAGUGGAGAGUUUGACGACAAAAAAAAAAAAAAGCACAACUUUGGUUUCUUCUUCUUCUUCUUCUUCUUCUUCUUCUGGUUCUUUGAUGUGACCACCCGACUCCUCCCACUGUGGAGGAAGCACAAGAAGAGACUGCAGGGGGCGCUGCUCACGUCCUGCUCCGCAAUUCAUGGUGCCUCUUCCUUUCUUUUCAUUUCAUUUUUUUGAGGUCACAUCCCGCCGUUUUAGCGGUCUCAUCUCUGCCCUCCUCAGUAGGUACCUCGAGUGCCUUGGAUUCGUCAAGACUUGCACUGUGACGCAUAGACCCGCCCCUUCACCUCAUCGGCCGUUCAGUGAUUCGUUGACCCCCCCUUUCAUCUUAUUGGCCUCUCAGUGACACGUCGCCCCCCCCCCCCCACUCAUGAGCCGCUCAGUGUUUAGCUGCCUUAAAUGUUUUUUUUUUUUGUUUUUUUUUACCUGAUCAAUUCCCUCAUUGAGGGGUCAGAGGUUGCCAAGUCAGCCGAGGCGGUGAUGCACUUUCAUUUGAGCAUUUGAACGUGUGGUCACCCCCCCCCCCCCCCCGCCACCACUCAUAGCAUGCCUUCUUAUGCAAAUUUUCUACACAUUAUUUAUGCAUUCUGUUGUGCUGAUUGGUUUUGUUGAUUUUUUUUUUUUUUUUUUUUUUUUGCAUUUGUGUUUUGUGUCGUUUGGAUUGGCCGGAGCCAGGAGGCGUUGUCAUCGGUGGGCGGAGCAAAAAAAAAAAACAAAAACAAAAACAAAACAAAAACAAAAAGGGUCCAUUUAUCCAAAGAACACAAGCGACACGUUGCCAUUGGACGGAAUUCCCCAGACGACUUUCCCAUUGGCUGGAAUUCGUCGUCAUUGGACGUAAUUCCCGAGGGCGUUCCCCAAAAUGUCGGAAAGUCGUGACUGUGGCCUUCAAGUGUUGUCCUCACGUGACCCCUCAUGACCCCUGACUUUUUUAUCUUCCAUGUACUCAGUCGCAUUGUAGCGCUCCUAAUUAAGAACAAGUGUACAUUGGGGAGAUCUUUGUAUUUUUUCAUAAUGAUUUUGGAAAGGAUUGUGUUUAUUUUUUUGGACUUGUGUUCCACACGUGUCUUCUGUUGGCCAUGUUGGUGGGAUUCUUACCUCUGUAUUGAGCCUCCUCCUCUUGUAAUUAUGACGAUGAUGAUGAUGAUGAUGAUGCAGUGUUCCACUAAAUACUGUUGCUAGGUUACAGGAUGGCACCAGCCACCACUAGGAGCAUUUGAUCAAUUUCUAUUUAUUUAUUUUAUCAUUUUGCUAAUAAAUUCUCAAAACCAUCACUUUAUUUUUUUUUUUUUUUUUUUUUUGUAAUAGGACAAAAGCGCAUGCACAUUAUGUUAAAAAGAUUGAAUUCUCCCGGGCUGGGGCUCAGGUGGGUCGGUUAAGAAAAUGGGCGAACAGGACAUUGUGUUGAUGUGUGUGUGGUUCCAAAGGUAUCGAACGCCAAAGUCAAUCCCUUUUUAGACUUUUUAGAAAACCGAGACAAGCGUUGUUGUAUUGGCAUUCUUGUGUGACUUACUUUCUUUGUUUUUUUUCUUUACACAAUGCAUAGUAUAGUAUGGGCAGCGUGGUGGGUGGAUCAGCUGGUUAAGAGUCUUGGCCUCACAAGUUCUGAGGCCCCGCCUGUGUGGAGUUUGCAUGUUCUCCCCGUGCCUGCGUGGCUUUUCUCCCACAAAAAAAAAAAAAAAAAACCAAAAGAAC